AUGUCCCUCAGGUGGAAGGGCAGCAUCAGUCGACGCUUCCUUAAGGAGGAUGGUGGUCAUGCCACGGGCGCGGAAAGCAACAAGCCCAUCAGCAGAAGAGUCGAGCUGGAGCUGGGCGUGAAAGCCAUCUCGGGCCUGCCCGUGUCGCAGCCCUCGUCGCCGACCAGCAGCGGCAGCGACGACAGCAGCGGCGAGGGACCCCAGACCACGCUGUGCGUGACCUGGCGCAAGAACGGCAAGCUCGAGCACGGGGAGGACAAGCGCAGGCAGCGGGAGGGCACCACGCUGACCGCCAAGGUGGCGCCCGAUGGCACCUGCUCCUGGGAGGGCGGGCGCAUGACCGUCGUGCCGUGCCACAUCCGCAAGUUCGAUUCCAAAGCCGACGUGUGCGACCACAAGACCGUCACCUUCUACGUCAACCAGGUGGUUGGCUCGCGCGCGAAGAAGCUGAAGAAGAUGUACGAGGCCACCCUGGAUCUGGAUCGUCUGACCCUCUACCCGACCUACUCGGAGGAGCACCUCGUCCUGCGUCCGCUGGGCCUCCGCAAUAAGCCCUCGCACGACAUCGCCUGGCUCCUGGGGAGCAGCCACGAUGCCUAUCAGGUGAACCCGCGAGAGAUGCCCAUCACUUCGCGGACGCAGUCCAUCGGCUCAAUCGAGGGAGAGCUGUCCUUGGGCAAGGCCGCCCGCAGGCUUUCCCAGCAGCUCGUGCGCGUGCGCUCGAUGCCGGGCGAAGAGGGCAAGCCCAAGGAGUCCCAGGGCGAGGCCGAUGGCGAAGAGGGCAACGACGGCGACCACGACCACAACCACGACCACGACCACGACCACAACCACGACCACGGAGUCGACGAGGCCGAGCGCAAGCGGCACGAGAAGGAGGAAGCCGAGCGCUACAUCCAGCUCUACCUCGACGGCUACAAGAAAAAGCAACCGGAGGGGCUCGCUCGAGGCCUCGUACAACGAGAAGAUAGCCCACUACGAGGGCGUGCUCCAGCAAAUGCAGGAGACGAGGGAGCAGAUGCACCUCGAGAUCGACGAGCUCGUGCGGCAGCUGGAGGAGACCAAGCUCGACGCCGCCCGUCUGCUCCGCGAGCUAGAGCUCCGCGAGACCCCCCCGCACAGGGCAACAGCGGCGGCGAGGAAGGACCCGACGAGCCCCUGCGCGAGGAGACGGCGCGCAUGGUUGACGACCUGCGUGCGCUCAUCAUCGAACGCGAGGACCAGCUGGCCGAGCUGCGCAGCGAAUUGAGCCGGCGCACGGCGGAGAUUGACGCGCUGAUGCGCGAGCGCGACGACGAGGCGGCGGCCGCGCGCGAUGCCGCCCAGCAGUGCGAGGAUCUGCGCGCGGCGCUCGAAGCCAACGAGCUCGAGCGCAACGAGGUACAGAGCACGCUGGACCAGGUGCUGGGCCAGGCGAGCGCCAUGCACGAAGAGCUGAUGGAGAAGCAGGCCCGACUGGCCGAGCUCGAGAACCUCGCCCUGCGGUCCGCCCACGACGCUGACGCCGAGGCACAGCUCGAGUCGGAGCGACUGCGUGAGGUGGUCGAGGCGCACCGUCAGGGCGGUCGACGAGCUCACCCGGCGCCUGGCGGCCAAGCGCAAGCGGAACGCCGAGUGCAAGCAGCACAUCGCCGAGCUCGAGGAGUCGAUGGUGGAGAAGCAGGCCGAGCUGGACAUGAUGACCCGCAACCGCAACGCGCUCUACCAGCGCUGCGAGGAGCUGGAGGCCGACCACGAGCGCGUGCAACUCGAGCGGGAGGCCGAGCGGGCCGCCAAGGAGGCCAAGCGGAGCCAAAAGGCUGCGGCGGCGGCUGCGGCUGCGGCCGCUGUGGCUGCAGCGUCGGAGCAAGCACAGCCCGAGUCGAGCUCGUCCCAGGCCAAAUUGGCGGCCGAUCGUCGGCUGCUGCACGAACUGGGCGAGGCCAAGAAGCAGCUGCGCCAGCGGCGGCAGGAGGUGGUCGAGUUCGACCAGGCCCUCGCCGAGAUGGCCAACGCGUCGCGCGCCUCCGAGGCCCAGGUGGCCGCCUGGGAGCAUCAACUCCUCGCCUGCAGGCAGCGGAUCGCCGAGCUCGGCUCGCCAGUGGGGCACGGGGAGGCCAAAGAGCGCCGGCCACGCGCGGCGAUCAGCGAGUGCGAGGCCGACAUCGAGGUGCUGCAGCGUCAGGUGAUGGCCGAGCUCGACGGAAUGCGCGAGGUGGCCCAGCGCUACGAGCAGGUCAGGCUGCGACGCGACGAGGCCGACCGCGCGUGCGACGAGCUGGCCCACGCGGCUCGGCCAUCAAGCAGCGCAUCCUGACCAGCCGCAAGCGCGGCAAGGCCCGGCGGUCGACCAGCAUGACCGGCAUGACCUCUCGAGCGCCCUCGAACAGCGACGCCUUCGCCGGCCAAGUGAGUUACGACAAUACGCCGGCUCUGGACAAGCUCGUAAACCUGCAGUGGGAGGUCGACAUGCGAGCACUGAUCGAGCGGCACGUCUGGAGCUAUGACCCGACCAAGCGACAAGCAGCGACGGCGAGGACGGCGGUGAAGGAGAUCCUGGGCCAGCUGCAGGUGUUCCAGCCGCGGCAUAACGCUGGCGAAGCUGGCGCGGACACGCUAACAUCCCUCGUCCAUGGCCUCAUGCGCGCCCUCGCCCGUUCCCACAAGAGGGCGAGCGGCCUCGAGGAGCAGAUUCACUGGCUCUCCUUCACCUGUCACCUGCUGCACGGCCUCAAGAGCAACCCCGAGAGUGCCGGCUUCUUCCAUCCGGCGGUCUACUACUCGGUGCCCGACCCGGCCGAGAGCGGUGUCGGGGUGGCCAAGGUCAAGUUUAGGGUUCAGCACCAGCACCAUCCCCAGGACCAACGCGACUUCGAACUGGCGGAGGAGUCCUCGAGCCAGCCCGACGCAACUCUCGCCGAACGCCAGCCGAGGCAGACCCAGGCCCAGGCGCACGAUGCCGAAGAGGCGCUGAAUCCCAACUACAUGUCGUUCCUGUGGCUGCAGAAGCUGCACAAUCUCGUCCUGCGGAUCUACCGGGCCAUCGUUGCGCUGGCGUGCGCCUCAAUCGAGCCGGUCAUCGCCGCGCUCAUGCAGCCCAAGCAACAGCUGCCGCCGCCGUCGUCGUCGUCGGCCCAUUCAUCCGCGGCGCAGCCGCAGCUGCCGGCCGCCGUGGCCCUGUCCCCCAAAUCGACUGGCACGGGCGGCGGCGAAGGAGUCCAGCCCUCGAGGCAGGCGGUGGUGCACCACGAAGCGGCGGCCGAGGCCGGCAUCCGCAUGUUCGCCCGCUCGACCAGGGAGACGUUGCGCGGCCUCGGCUUCAUGAAAGCCAAACUACUACCUGAGGCUCCGCUCCCGGCACCGGACGAUGACUACGAGACGUCCAAGUGCGUCAAGGAGUUCAAGGGCAUCAUCGAGUCGCUGUUCGAGCUCCUGAUCGCCGAGGGCGUCUACGAGGCCGUCGUGAUCCAGCUGUGCAAGCAGCUGUUCCACCACCUCGACGUGUCGCUCUUCAACCGCCUCCUCACGGGCAACGACCUCGUGCGCAGCCCCGCCCACGCGGUCAAGAUCAAGUACUUCCUCUCGCAGCUGGUCGACUGGUGCCUGCACGACGUCGUUGCUGGCAACUCCAACGACGAGCAAGACGGAGACGCAAUCACGCUGUCGGAAGUGCUGCAGCUGUCGUGCACGUUCCUGGAACGGCACACGGCGGAAGCCACCAGCCUGCUGGUGAUGGACAAGGAGCGCAUACUCGAGGAGGGCGACAACCUGCGCGCACUGUUCAGCCACCUCAACGGGCACCAGAUCAUUCACCUCCUCGAAAAGAUACACGUCGACGAGCCGUCCCACAAUGUGGCAUCAGGCCAGCGGCUCAGCGCGACGCCCCGGUGGAUGGUCCUCUUGUCGCGCCUGGCCCUGGCCUCGCCCCACCCCGCGGCUGCAGCCAGCACCGGCGACCUUCCUGCACCACCCACCACCUCCGUGGCAGCGCUGGUCUCGUCAGCGUCACAGGCCAGCCACGGCCUGUCGUCACAACCCCUGCAGCUGCCCACGUCCCUCCUCAGCUUCCAGAGCUUGCCCAACUAA